CAUACUUGACUUCAUGUAGGUAUAGUACCCUAGUACAGAUGCCGCAUGCAUGUCCGUCUGUACUCCAUCCGAAAGCAAGCUGGAAAACACACUCUAUGAAAAGGCCUUUCUUCUUCCACCUCUGAAUAUACAACUAGCUAGUACUUGAUCAAUCUUUAGUUGUGAUUGUUAUCUGGACGUCGAGAAUGGCCGAUGACGGAAGGAUGUUGUGUCCGGCGAUAGGGAUAGACCUGGGGACGACGUACUCCUGCGUUGCUGUGUGGCAACAUGAUAGAGUAGAGACAAUAGUUAAUGAUCAGGGGAAUAGAACGACGCCAUCGUGUGUCGCAUUCACUGAUAUGCAGCACUUCACUGGUGAUGCCGCCAAGAACCAGAUCGCCAUGAACCCCACCAACUCCGUCUUUGAUUCAAAACGGUUGAUCGGUAGGAGAUUCAGUGAUCCCUUGGUUCAGAGCGAUAUAAAAUCGUGGCCAUUCCAGGUCAUUGGAGGUUCUGAUGACAAGCCUAUGAUCAGUGUCACUUAUAAGAAUGAAAGAAAGAUGUUUUCUGCCGUGGAAAUCUCAUCAAUGGUGCUACAAAAGAUGCGUGUGAUUGCAGAGACUUACCUGGAAACGACUGUGAAAAAUGCAGUUGUUACCGUCCCCGCUAACUUCAAUGAUGCGCAGCGUAAGGCUACAAUGGAUGCUGGCAGCAUUGCAGGCCUCAAUGUCAUGCGCGUACUAAAUGAACCAACAGCCGCCGCCAUUGCUUAUGGCCUUGACAGGGCGGUACUGGGUAGUAUUUGUAAAAGAAAUGUGUUGGUCUUUGAUUUGGGCGGCGGUACUGCAGAUGUCUCAGUUCUUACCAUUGAGGGAAAGAAAUUUGAAGUGAAGGCUGUUGCCGGAGAUACUCACCUUGGAGGUGAGGACUUUGACAACAGAAUGGUUAACCAUUGUGUAGAAGUAUUUAAAAGGAAGUACAAGAAAGACAUAAGUGGAAACGCCAAGGCUAUGAGAAGGUUGAGAACUGAAUGCGAGAGAGCUAAGAGAGUUCUUUCUUCUGCACUUGAUACUAAUAUUUCCGUGGAUGCACUGUAUGAGGGUAUUGAUUUCAUCUCAAACAUCACUCGUUCCAAAUUUUCAGAACUCAAUAUGGAUUUCUUCAAAAAGUCUGUUAACCUGGUGGAAAAAUGUUUGGCUGAUGCUAAGAUGGACAAGAGAAGUGUUCAUGAUGUUGUUCUUACGGGUGGUUCUUCCAGAAUACCAAAGGUCCAGCAGCUGUUGCAGGAAUUCUUUGACGGCGUGGAGCUUAAAAGGAGCCUGAACCCGGAUGAAGCAGUGGCUUAUGGAGCCGCUGUCCAAGCUGCAAUCAUGGCUGGUACGAGGAAUGAGAGAGUUCAAGACAUUGUGCUAGUAGAUGUCAUUCCUCUAUCCCUUGGGGUGGAGACCAACGAUGGUACAAUGUCUGUUGUGAUUCCAAGAAAUACCGCCAGUCCCACCAAUAUGGAACGAAACUACACAACGGUCGACGACAACCUAACUAGUAUUUUGUUCUGUGUUUACGAGGGAGAAAGAACAAGAGCUGCGGAUAAUUAUUUGUUGGGAAAAUUUACGCUUUCUGGCAUUCCUGCUGCACCCAGGGGUGAUGUUACGAUCGUUGCUUGCUUUGAUAUCGACGCCAAUGGCAUCUUGGAGGUUUCUGCUCGGGAUAAAACUUCCGGCGUGAGCGACAGGAUCACUAUCACCAACGACAUGAGGGCGAGAGUGACCGAGGAAGAGAUUAAUAGGAUGAUCAAGGAUUCAAAGAUUUUCAAGGCUGAAGAUGAUAAAUACAAAGAGAAAGCCAAGGCUAAGGGAAUUUUAGAGGGCUAUGCCUACGAGAUGAAAAAUGCUUUGGAGGAUGAAUAUAUUAGUUGCAAGCUUGAGCCUGCAUUUAAGAAGAAGAUUGAAGAUGCCAUUGAUCUCCAUUUGACUCCGUGGUUAGACUACGUUCAGCUUUCGGAGACUGACGAAAACUUGAUCAAGAAAAAUCUGAAAGAGAUUAAACAAUACUACGAUCCCUUCAUUGCAAAGAUCAAACAACAUGAACAAUCGAGCAGCUCCAGUUGAUCAAGUUAGAGAUGACUGCUAUAUAUGUAGUCGAUCUGCCGAAUGGAACUCGUACUUAAGUUGCAGCGAUAUAAUUAAUAUGUUACCACUUUGUUUGUCGGACCUUUUAAUUGUACUAGUUUUAAUAUUGUUGGUGUGUUUAAAUUUGCAGUAGUACUGUUCAAUCGUUACAUGUUGCAACAUUUGACAUUUAUGGUGUGAAAUUUCUGGUUGUUGUUAUAUAUAUGUUGGUGUUGAUCUGA